AUGGCACUUUUUAUGAACAAGUUGAAUGCGGCGGGCCUCACGCCUGAAGACUCGAUGCAGCUGCCCACGCGCGCCGCUUCAGCUGAGGAAGAGCGUGUGCUACAGGCUUUCCUGAAUGCGAGCAUCAUGUCAGACGAUGAUCUUGCAAGCGUAUUUGCGCCAGAGCUUAUUUACACGGCGCCGGACGGCCAAGUCGUCGUGGGAAAACGGGCCGUGGCAGCCAAGCUCCGCGAGCAUACGCCGAUCGAGGCGCAUCACCUCCUCGAGACGCCCACGAUGCUUCCAUCCAACACCGUUGUACUAGACACACACACGACUGGCGGUGCGCGACACCUGGUCGUCAUGAAGCGCCGCGCUGCUGAUGGAUUGGUAUCCAGUAUCACUGAGGAAGAGGGUCACCGAAAGGCAUUGGCACCCCCCUUGGCGGCGCGUGCGAUGAAGACGUCGGUCCAGUCGCCCACGGAUAUGAUGAUGUCGCCAUGCACGUCCAAGCUGAACUUGGUCAAGCGGCGCCACCUCACAAAAGCCAAACCGACAAACCUGUUUGCUGGUAUGGUGAACCAGUAA